AGUAGCAUAUCCCCCGCCCUUCGUAUGGGCGUGGCCUCUGAGCACUGGCACAGAGAAUGACAUACGGUAGAACAUGCAGCUUGUGCAGCUGCUUCCGCCAGGAGUGAGCCUGCUGGCUCUAGUGUGGCUGGCGGUGGAUGCGGCCUUCCUUACUGCCCUGCUCUUAUAUCUGCAACGAGGCUGCGACAGCGGGCGCUCCCUUUUGUGCAGCGUCUUCCAAGAUCUCAUUCGCUAUGGGAAGACUAAAAGCGGCUUGCGGCGCCCCUCAUGGCUCCAGUGGUUUGAUAUACCUAAGAGGUGCUUCUGGCAUUUUUAUUUUGUCUCUCUGAUCUGGAAUGGGUUUCUCCUGUGGAUCCUCCUUCACUUACUGCUCCAAAGUGUCCCAGUUCCAGAAUGGCUACAAGCAGUGCUACAGUUCCUCUGUGCCGGAUCAGAACCACAAGUCCUGGGCGGAGAACUUUCAGUUGUUCUGGCUUUUUCUCUGUUGUGGUUGCACAGCCUGCGGAGAUUGCUAGAGUGCCUGUUUGUGAGUAUCUUCUCCAAUGGGGUCAUUCACUUUGUGCAGUAUUGCUUCGGCUUGGGCUAUUACAUCUUGAUUGGGUUCACUAUACUCGGCUAUUGCCCUCUGGACAGAAGGACCGUUUCGCUGGAUGAUCUCCUAAUGCAGGGUAACUGGUACCAUAUCCUUGGACUGACACUCUAUGUCUGGGCUUCUCUACACCAGUACACAUGUCAUUGUAUUCUUGCUGAUCUGAGGAAAAGUGCAUCAGGUGCCAUAAUAAACCUGAAGCAUGCUGUACCUACUGGAGACUGGUUUGAGAAGGUGUCCUGCCCUCAUUACUUUGCAGAGCUCUUGAUCUACCUGUCUAUCGCAGUUGUUUUUGGACUUCUGAAUACUAUAUGGUGGUUGGUUGUUUUAUAUGUGUUGCUAAGCCAGGCAUUGGCUGCGGUUUUAUGUCAUGAGUUUUAUCAUGAAAAGUUUGAUUCCUAUCCUAUUCACAGGAAAGCAUUCAUUCCACUUAUAUUUUAAAUAUAACAUUGUAUACUAUACAUUUCCAUGUAUACGUCUCACUUGCUUUCUUUGUUACUGAGCCAAGUGUAUUUAUCCUUGAUAUGACAAUACAAAAGAAUAUACAGUU